CAAUUACAAUUUAGUUGAAUUCUGUUAGAGCGAACGACGAGUACGGCCACAACGUAUAACGUAUUUUUGUUUUUUUGGUCGAACAUUUACAGAAUGCAUUUUCUAUUGAAGGUGUCAGGGAGAAAAUUGGAUUAGUUAAAUACCAAACAAAAAUCACAUAACAGCAAAAAAAUUGAGGAAAAAAAAUUGAAAAAAAAAAUUAUACGAAAAUUACCCAGAAUAUGACCCAGAAUACAAUGAGACAAAUCGCAAAUAAGCAAACUUGGCUUUUAAGCGUAUUUAUUUGCCUAGUUUUAGGAUUUAUUAGCAAUGCACCAUGUCUGGCCCUACCCGACUACUACGACGAUUAUUAUGAUGAAUUGGAAACGGCCAGUGGUGGACCGCCGGAGCCUUUAAUUAAAUUGGAUAAUAUAUUUGUGGACCCACCUUACUUCGAAAGAGCGGAAAUUGAAAUUUCGGCCGAACCAAAUGCGGAUGUGCUAAUGAAUUGUGACGUCAAGAAUUUUCACGCAAACAAUGUCGUCAUCUGGUAUAAGGAUCAAACUGUCAUUGUAAACGGCCAACACUCAAUGAACGAACGCUUCGAGGCCUUAAAAAAUAAUUCAAUUGUCUUGCGAAGUGCUCAACUGGAUGAUGAGGGCAAUUACUUCUGCACCGUUCUGCCGCAGAAUAUCACCCAAAACGUUGUGCUGACAAUCGAGAAGGCAUUUAGCAUACGCUGCGAUGGUCGCGAUGUCUUGGAUCGCAGCAUUGUCUAUAGGCAGGGUGAAUCUCAUGUUUGUGAAUGCAAGAGUGCGGGCGGAGAGGAGAGCAACAUUAAAUGGUUUUUGAAUAACCGUCGUUCAUCGGACGUUGAGUUGGAGAUUGAGGAUAAUGCAAUUUUCAUUGACCCCGUCGAUGAACAUCAUGCCGGUAUAUACCAGUGCAUGGAUGAUGAUGGUUCACCCACACCCAAACAUGGCAGAUUUGAGGUGAUUGUCUACUAUGCACCCAAGGUGUCGACACACCGUCAUCAUGUCAAUACCGAACUGGGUGGUAUCGCUGAACUGUAUUGCGACUAUCGCAGCCAUCCCAUAGCCACUACAAGAUGGCUGAAAAAUAAUCAGUAUUUAAGUUUGUCGGAGAAGUACAUGAUGAGCUAUGCGGCGGAGCAGCAUUUCAAUCGCAGCACUUUAACAGUUCGUGAUGUAGCUGUGGAGGACUUGGGCGAAUACAAAUGUCAAGCAGAGAACACCAUUGGCUCCAGCGAAAUGAAAGUUCAUCUGAUGUUGGAACCGGAACGUGGCCAAUUUGAAAGUGUCGAAAUCAACGGCAACGUGGUAACCCUGUAUUGGCUGGUACGCAGUCUUCAACCCUUGUCGGAAGCUGUGUUGGAUUACAAAAUGACUGGGGCCUACACCUGGAGUACAACCACAGUACUGCACACACAUCGCCACGAGGCUGGCAUCUGGAAGGUAACCCAUGAAAUGGAACUGCUGCCUGGCGAAUGGCAGACACGCAUGAAAACCAAAAACACAGUGGGAUGGUCGAAAUUCUCAGCGCCCUACAUCUUUACCAUUGGCGAGGAGAGUGAAGAUGACACUAUGGUGGACAUUGUCGAUGACAAGGAAAAUGUUGUCAUUGCCGGCUUUGGAGGCGGUGCCAAAGAACAAAAGGCAUCGGACUCAGCAAGGUGUCAUUUAUCUCUGUAUGCCCUUCUGCUCAUAGUACCCACAACACUGUUAAGGCAACGGUUUUUUACACGGCAUUAAUGGGAGAGACUUGUAACCAAAGAGCGAGCGCUUGCGAGAGAGGCAGAGAGAGAAGGAAGAACAAAUAACAAAAUAGACAUUUAAUAUAAACAACCAAAUACACAAAUAAAUAAAUUAGUGCAAAUUGAAAUUAAUGUGAAUAGGAUUAAUAAUAAGCCUAUAUAUUUAA